AUGGGUACUGAAAUCCCCACCAGUCGCCGUAUUGGGGCUCCCAAAUCUCGCACCGGCUGCAAAACCUGCAAAAUUCGGAAAGUGAAAUGUGGCGAGGAAAAGCCUAGUUGUCUUCGCUGCUCCACUACUGGACGAAAAUGCGACUAUGAAGACGAGACACCAUCUACGGGUCCCUUUACCCCGUCGGCUCUGAUUCCCAGCGACAUGCUGUCACUAUCGCCAAAUUCAGGCCGCCGAGAACGCCGAGCAUUUGAAUAUUAUUUUCAGUAUGCGUCAACACAGCUUGCUAGUGGCAUGAGUAUUGACUUCUGGACGACCGUCGUUCCACAAAUCUGCCGAAGUGAGCCUGCGGUGUGGGAUGCAAUGAUCGCAAUCAGUGCUCUUUUUGAAUAUCCAGACCAAUGCCUAGAUUUCACCUACUUGAGAAAUCAACGUCAACAACCAAGGUCCCUCACUCAAGUCCAACAGGAGGCUUUGGUUUGGUACUCACGAUCAAUUUCGAGUAUCCAAUCUCAGUUCGACAGGAGAGGCGCCGACCCUUACAUUGCGCUCAUCAGCUGUAUUCUCUUCAUCUGUAUAGAGACUAUGCAGGGACGGGUGGAAGAAGCCCUCCAGCUCUACCGACAAGGCGUGAGCCUGGUCUUUGACUUGCGCGCUCAAGUUGGUCAUGGGCGAGUUUCCGCUAGUAAAGCUGCUCUCCUAGAGGAGACCAUUAUCCCUCUGUUUUUGCGACUGGGCGCAAUUUCUCUCACAAUAUCGGGCGUUCAAGCGAAUGGGCUUUACAGGCCCGCGGAGAUAGAGGAACUCAGCGCAUUCCAAUCCGUCGACGCGGCACGGUUAUCCAUCACGGUUCUCUCCACCGAAGCUCAACUGCUCGAGCGGGAAGCACAAGAACACCUCACGGCGGUUGGAGGCGACUCUGCUGCGAGCAAAGAUAUGAUAUACCGACAACAGUCUCUUUUGAACAAGCUCACUUGUUGGCAUCGGGCAUACAUCAACAUGUGCCAUGGAGUCUACCCUGGAUCCUCAGUGCCCCUUAACGCUGAGCCUGUGCUUUUGACAUACUAUGCAGCCUCAUUUAUCUACGUCUCUGAGUGUCUAACCCAAAGGGAACUUGUAUACGACUACCAUAUCGAGAGAUUCAGGACGAUUGUCGAGCAGGCCGUGUUAGCCCUUGCUGCCACGGCUGGGCCAACUAGUGCCCAGCCGCCUUUCACCUUCGAAAUGGGUGUCGGUAUUCCGCUCUUUCUCACAGGACUCAAAUGCCGCGAUCCAUUACUUAGAAGGAAGGCCCUGAAGUUGUUGCGACAGGCGCCACCAAUGCAAGGGUUCUUCAAGUGCACGCCUGUCGCCCAACUGGCCGAGAGCUUGAUGAAGAUUGAAGAGAGCUAUAGCCUAGCGCUGGGAAGGCACACCGGCUCACAUAUGGCUACGAUUCCUGAAGAAGCUCGUAUAUGUAAGUAUGGAAUAUUCAGGCCUGAGAAUGGUCUGCCUCCGGGCGUUGCUGAAGAGGACAUUGCUGGAUACAAUUGCGGACCGGGGCAAGUCUUUUUGGUGUAUUGGAGAAAUUGCUUUGAUGGCAACAGCAACACGUGGAAGAAAAUCAGCCAUGCUGUGCCGAUAAUAAAUUGA